GGAGUUUGGGGGAUCUCCUUAAAUGCCUCCUGAUCAACUGUUAGUUCAGUAGUGACAACCUUAGAGUAGUUGUGAGCAGUGGAUCCUAGAGAGUCAGUCAGUAGGUCAGUGUGUCCGGGUAGGUCUAAGUGGUGAGGAGUGGGACAUUGUCGUGCACCUGACGCCACGAUGGAUGGCUAUCCGAUGUAUGGGUUGCUGGUUGGGUUCUCUCUUUGGGGGACCCUCUGGCGCUUCCUCUUUCCUCUGGGGUUCUGGCACACCUUCACGUGUAGAGUAAAUACCUGGGGUGGUGCCUCUGCCAAGCCAUACACGAAGGAGGAGGAGGAGAAGAUGGCCGCCAUCUUGCAGGAGAGGAAGGAGAAGGAGGCCAAGAAGAAGGCCUUGAAGGAGGAGCAGGCGGCCAAAUUGCAGAAGAUAGAAGAAGAAAUGACCAGAGAGAAGGAGAGGAUACAGAAAGAAGAGGAAGCAAAAUUGAAAGAGGUGGAAGAGGAGGAAGAAGAUGAAACGCCGCUGCAGAGGAAGAAGGGGCAGUACAGUGGCAGUAGGGAUGAGGAGAUGGAGAAGCGGAUCUCAAAGUGGGUCACCAACUUAUCCCUGGGCGAAGAAGAAGAAGUGGCGAUGUAUAUCUCUAAGAACGAUCAGGAAGCUGCUAUGAGAGCUUGGGAAGCAGAAAAAGAUGUUGUGAAGCGGCAGGCAAUGGAAGAUGAGAAGAGAAUGGAAUGGAGGUUGGCAGUGAUGAGGGAGAAGAAGAGGAGAGCGGAGCAAUAUGACUUUAGUAGGAGUCAGCAAAUAGCUGUGCGUUCAAUAAAGUUGGGGUUCCGGGACUUUGCGCGUGAGCUGGUAGGCGCUAUAGGAACCGAGGUGGGCCACCGCCUCGACAAGACUGAGCGUUUUUGCGCUGGCGCCAUUGAGGGUGUCAAGGCGGCAGCCCCCAAGGAGGAGGAAGCACGUCCUCCUCGCCGGGAACCGGUCAAGGUCAAAUUCCCUGAUUCCUACAGUGGGAAAAGGGAAGAGAACUUUGACAACUGGGAAGCCAACGUUAAGACAUUGUUGAGAAAGGAGACCAUCUGGAAGUGGGAUAAGGACUGCACGUCUGCCAUGAAGAAGUUAAAACAGGCAUUGGUAGAGUAUCCAGUCCUUAAAGUCGCCGAUCCGUCCUUGCCCUUUGUCGUCACGACCGAUGCGAGUCAAUACGACAUAGGCGCAGUGUUACAGCAAGACGAUGGCAAUGGGUAUAGACCCGUAGAGUUCAUGUCCGCCAGAAUGCCUUCAGAGAAGGUCGCGGCGUCUACCUAUGAGAGGGAACUCUACGCUCUCAGGCAAGCCUUAGACCAUUGGAAGCACUACUUGCUUGGGAGGCACUUCAAAGUCGAUUCCGACCAUGAAACGUUACGAUGGUUAAAGACGCAGGCCAAGAUGACACCUAAGCUUACUAGGUGGGCCGCAGAGAUAGAUCAGUACGACUUCGAGCUCAAGCNACGUUACGAUGAAGAAGAAGAGGAAGAAGAGGAGAGUUCGAAGGUAGAGUCCAGCGACCCCGACUACAGCGAGCACAGUGAGAGUGAGUCGGGAGAGCGAAGCAGUUCAAGUGGGAGGAGCGAGGAGGAGGACGAGGCAACCGCGCAGAGAAGGCGAGAGAAGGCGGAGGGGAAGCGGCCCGUGAACCAAUCGGCCAGUUUAUCGACGCUGGUUUUACAAGGUGACCCCACACGAGAUCCGGAGCCACCACAGGAGGAUCCCGAGCGAGAUGGUGUCGCCACUGCAGAGGGAUCUAGCAGCAGACGAAGAGGAAGAAGCCCUUCACCGCCUCAAUCCACUCCGCCACGGCCCGCCAUUCGCAUACGUGGAGAUGCGGGCGCUCGGGCUUCAUCCCCGGUCAUUAUCCCGCCGUCCCGUUGAUUACCUCACCCUCCACCAACUUGAACACUGUCCCCCAUUCCCUGUCAGCUGGCACCACUUUCCGCCUUCCCUAUUCU